UACUGUUUUCGUCCGGAUAAAAACACAUUAAUCGAUUUGAAAAUUAAUUGAAAACAGAAACCUCACUAUUUAGUUCAGUAUUUAUUUAUGUCAAUGUCAAAUGUGGCUUCAUUUAUGAUUUAGUAUCCAAACUGAUAUUGUUAAUCCUAUAAAAAAUAUAACACAUUAACGGGCAAGCAAUAUCAACUGGCUAUGUUUUUAAGAAAUGAGUGCUGUGUUAACUAGAUGUAGAGUAAGCCCAGAACAAUUAGAUAUUUUGUUGAAUUUUAUGGAAGACCAUCCCGACUUUGCGGCGGGAAAACAAUCACUUUUUUCACGGUUUAGUACAAGCAAAUUGUGGCGUCUCUUGGCGGAAAGAUUGAACGCUGCGGCGGCUGACAGCGGCGGUGCUCGUAAAAGCCCCGAUAAGUGGUGCAGGUACUGGGCAGAUAUUAAAUAUAAAGCAAGACGAAAAUUUGCUGCUGGUGGAGCUCUUGGGGAGUUAUCCAGCGCCGAGGAAAGACUGCAAAACAUACUGAGGAACAGCGGAAGAGAUUCGAGCGGUCGCGGCGCGGCCUCGGACGAGGAGCGCAAGCCGACGGCGGACGACGACAUGUGCUCGGAGGGGUCGGGCGCGGGGGGCGCGGGCGGGGUGGGGGGCGCGGGGGCGGGGGCGGGGCUCGCGCCCGAGGACCUGCUGGCGGAGGCGGCCAUGCGCACGGCGCUCGCCGCCGAGAAGCAGGCGGAGGCGGUGGCGCAGGCCGUCGAUCUGCUGCGAGAUCUAGUGCAGGUAUGUAUGUAUGUGUUCUAUGCGGAGGCGAGUUGUAGAUUCGUGAUCGAUUGGAACGAUAACCGCAAUUGUUCACUCGUGAAAUUAAGUUCUCAACAGGUACGAGGUCGGGCACUCCGGUUUAUUAAAGUUUUCUAUGAGAAAACUUUCCGCAAAAAUCCUAAGAGUAAACGUGUAUCAGUUAUCUAA